AUGCUGGGGGGCCGGAGGAGGAUGGAGUGCGCCCUGGACGCCCAGAGCCUGAUCAGCCUCUCCCUGCGCAAGAUCCACAGCUCCCGCACCCAGCGCGGGGGCAUCAAGCUCCACAAGAACCUGCUGGUCUCCUAUGUGCUCCGCAACGCCCGGCAGCUCUACCUGAGCGAGCGCUACGCCGAGCUCUGCCGCCGCCAGCAGCACUACCAGGAGGGCGGCAUCCUGCUCGGGGCGCCCCCGGGCUGCGCGCCCGCCGGAGAGAUCCCCCCGGAAUUCAGCCCGCUCCAGCUGGCGGCCGAGGACCCAGAGCCGGGCAUGCAGCAGCCGCGGAGCUGCGGGCUGGGCGGUGCGGCUGGGGCAGCCCUGGGAAGAGGCGGCGGCGACCUGCUGGAGGUGCCCGUGUGCGCUGCGCUCCUGCCCGGUGCGCCCCAGGAGGACGAGCCGCUGGAGCUGCAACCCAGCCCGCCCCAGCAGCCGCAGCCGGCGGCCCCUUCGGCGCUUCGCAGAGACUCUUCCCCCGGCUUCUACCGGGGCGGCGGCGGCGGCAGCAGCGCUUCUUCGGGGCUGCUCUACCCGGUGCCGGCGAGCUGUGACUUCGGCAGCCCGGCGCCUCCAGGCUCGGCCAUGAGCGCAGCGAGCGGCGGCGCCUCGGCGCAUUGUAGCAGCCGCACCACGGUGCUGGACCUGGACACCCAUGUGGUGACCACGGUGGAGAACGGCUACCUGCACCAGGACUGCUGCUCGCAGUGCCCGUGCUGCUGCCAGGGCGCCGCGGGACUCGGCGCCCCGCCGCCUACCCCGGGCACCAAGCGCAAGUACUACCCGGGGCAGGAGGACGAGGAGGAUGGGGACCCGGGAGGGGUGGUGGUGGGGGGCGGCUCCCCCUUCUCCCCUUGCAGCAAGCGAGCCCGCUUCGAGGACUUCAGCCCCGAGCAGCCCCCGGACUCUUCCAACAUCUCCAACUUGAUCUCCAUCUUCGGCUCCGGCUUCACGGGGCUGGUGAGCCGGCAGCAGGCGGACUGUGAGCAGCCCCUCAACGGGCAGCUGUGCGGCAAGCAGGCGCUGGCCAGCCUGGGAGCCUGGACUCGAGCCAUCGUGGCGUUCUAG